CUCACGCAACUACUCCGUACACUCGUACACUCCCCAUCAUCAUGAGUCUCUUUGUCCCGCUCACGACGCCCAAUGGCUACCAGUAUGACCAGCCGCGGGGUUUGUUCAUCAACAACGAAUUCGUCCCCUCCUCGACUGGCCAGGUGAUUGAAGCCGUCGAUCCAGCGACCGCUCUCCCGAUUGCCACCGUCUAUGCCGCGUCCGCCGACGAUGUCGACAAGGCCGUCCAGGCGGCGUACAAGGCGCUAAGGGACCCCUCAUGGAAACAACUGCCUGGCACUGAGCGAGGAGCCUUGAUGGCACGUCUGGCAGAUCUCAUGGAGAGAGAUCGUGCCCUGCUGGCUACCAUUGAUGCCUGGGACAACGGCAAACCAUACCAGGUUGCUUAUAAUGAUGACCUGGGGGAGGCUAUUAGCACAGUUCGGUACUACAGCGGCUGGGCUGAUAAGACAUUCGGCCAGACGAUCAGCACGACGCACACCAAGUUUGCAUACACGUUGCGGCAACCGAUCGGUGUCGUGGGACAGAUCAUCCCCUGGAACUACCCUCUUUCGAUGGCUCUGUGGAAGCUGGGCCCUGCGCUGGCCUGUGGAAACACGGUGGUGAUCAAAGCCGCAGAGCAAACCCCUCUCAGCAUCCUGGUUCUGGCCAGGCUGAUCAAGGAAGCCGGGUUCCCCGCCGGUGUGGUGAACGUGAUCAACGGGUACGGGCGUGAAGCCGGGGCAGCCCUUGUGCAGCAUAAGCUUGUCGACAAAGUGGCCUUUACGGGCUCCACAGGCACGGCGCGGGAGAUCAUGAAGAUGGCGGCGGGGACAUUGAAAAACAUCACACUGGAGACGGGCGGCAAGUCGCCGCUGAUCGUGUUCAAGGACAGCGAUCUGGACCAGGCCGUGAAGUGGUCGCAUUUCGGAAUCAUGUCCAACCAGGGCCAGAUCUGCACGGCCACCUCGCGCAUCUUCGUCCACCAGGACAUCCUCGACACCUUCCUGCAGAAAUUCAAGGAAACCCUCACGCAGACAUCCAAGAUCGGCCACCAGUGGGACGAGACCACCUACCAGGGUCCGCAGGUCACCCGUGCCCAGUACGACCGCAUCCUCUCCUACAUCGAGCUGGGUAAGCAGGAGGGCGCGACGGUGGUGGCCGGCGGCGGGGCCUUCGUCCCAGCCAGCAAGGAGCAUGCAAACGGGUACUUCGUCCAGCCGACCGUUUUCACCAACGUCACGGACUCGAUGCGCAUCUACCGCGAAGAGAUCUUCGGCCCUGUCGUCGUCAUCCGCUCCUUCGCCACAGAGGAGGAAGUCAUCCGCUACGCCAACGACUCGGAGUACGGUCUCGGCGCCGCCGUUUUCACCAAGGACAUCGAGCGCGCUCACCGUGUCGCUGCUGAGAUCGAAGCCGGCAUGGUCUGGAUCAACAGCAGUCAGGACUGUGAUCCCCGGGUGCCCUUUGGUGGUGUCAAGCAGAGCGGCAUCGGGCGCGAGCUCGGCGAAGCAGGUUUGGAGGCGUAUACCCAGGUCAAGGCUGUGCAUGUCAACCUGGGCAGCAGGUUAUAAUCUUGCUUUUCUAUAAAAAGGG